AUGGCGCGCUCCCCGCGCAGGGCGGCCGUGGCGCUCUGCCUGGCCUGCCUGCUCUGGGCCGCCUCACCAUCCAGUCAGGAGACCUGUGCGCCCCACCUGCCCCCCCAGCCCCCGCCCCCGCUGGCCCCGCCCGGCCCGCUCUGGGGAGGCCGUGACUCAGUGGCUUCUGUCCCCCUCUUUCGCCUGCAGUUUGAAGCCUUCUGUGCUGCGGGCCUGGUCCCGGGCUGGAACCUGCUGGUCCAGGGACACUCGGACUCCGGAGAGGACAAGUUCGAGAUCAACUUCUUGUCCGAGAAGGGGGACAUCGUCUUCCACAUCAAACCCCGGUUCUCCAGCGCCACCAUGGUGGGCAAUGCCUUCCAGGGCGGCCGCUGGGGCCCCGAGGAGGUGUCCAGCGUCUUCCCGCUGGUGCUAGGGGAGCCCUUUGAGAUGGAGGUCAGCUCAGACGCGGAGCACUUCCACGUCCACGCCCAGGAGCACAAAGUGCUGCAGUUUGCGCACCGCCACAGGCCGCUGGCGGCCAUCACCCGGGUGCAGGUGCUGAGUGACCACCGCCUGGCCCAGGUGGAGCUGGCCAGGAGAAGCCUGAGCUGGGGGGAUGGGAGCUACUGAGCUGUGUCCGAAAUCCCAGGAGCGAGCCUCGGCCAUUGGCCACCCCACGUCCAGUGGAGCCCACCCUGGGGAAGUUGUGGGGAGGGGUCUGUGGUUCUGGGCCUCCCACUCCAGCUCCAGCUUCAAUAAAGUCUGAGCAGGCUGCAGGAGCUUGGCUGCUGUGAGAGGCCAUGAGGCGGGGUCGGGGGUGGACACAGGAUUGUGGGGAGCCCCCCUCCCUGGGCCAGAGGGCCCCAGCCGGUCCUCACCCGGGACCACA